AUGUGCAACCUGAACAGGUUUGACAUAAGCCAACAGAACCUUACUGACACAGAGCUGAAGUACCUUCGCCUGAAAGGGGACCUACGUAAUUUGUUUCAGUCUAUUGACUGGGAAGGGGAGGAAGGGAGAGAACUAGAGAAGAUAGAUAAUGUCAAAUUUUGGGAAGGUGGAGCAUACAAAGAGGAAGAAAUGUUCAAGUACGUAUCUUUCAAAAACAUCAACGUCCCCCCAGAAGACCUGAAAUACAACCAAAAACAAGAUCAACGCUGCUUCACCUUCAGCGCUAACGCCGACAGAGAUACUUUAGAGUCUGAAGAUACACAAUUGAAUGUCGUUGUUAACAUCAUGCAAGAAACCUAUCUAGAGGGAACAGUAUACGAGGCGGGGGUAAAGGUAUAUAUUGAUGAACCAGAUACAGCUCCGAGCUACAGUGAUGAUGCAAUGACGGGUGUAUCAGUCGGGACGACGACACGCAUAAAGCUGACCAAGAAGGAGAUGAAGUACCUUCCAACCCCCUAUAAUUCCCGUGGAACGGAUUGUCUGGACACUAAAGCCUCGGACUUUGUCAACUCCCUUGAUUGGUUCAAGCACUACAGCUUUGAUGGGUGUCUUCAUGAGUGCUCCAAUAAGGCUGCCAUGAAUGCCUGUAACUGCACAGCUGGAUGGGAACCUCAACUAGCGAGGGUCAGUCUGCGGCACUGCUCUGUGAAGGAGUUGCAGACAUGUUACCGUCCCAAAAGCAAUCAAGUACAAUCGGAAGCCAGAAGCGGGAAGAGUUGUUUAUGCCAGUACCCAUGUGAGGAGACAUCGUAUGAUAUACAAGUGUCAUCCAUGACAAUGCCGCAAAACGCCACAACCAUCGCUUCUUAUGUGGAUUCUACAACUGAUAUGUUAAGACAUAAUUACCUGAUUCUACAGAUCAAAGUAGCCAGCAUGGUAGUUGAAAGGACAGAGCACACGCCAGAAUUGGAGCUGAAUGAUAUAUUUGCCAGUAUUGGUGGUCAGAUUGGACUGUUUCUUGGGGCCAGUAUCCUCACCAUCACAGAACUGCUGGAACUGUUGAUAACAUGUGUGCUUGCAAGCCUGAAGUCGCUGUGGGCCAGACAUAAACUUCAGGGUUGAGGAAUACAAUGAACCUCGAUUGCUCACGUAUCGAGAAAGCUGACGUUUGUUCUCGGAAAUUCUGUAGUCAACUGAAUAGUGGAUGAAAAGUGG